UCCUUUGCCAUUGACGCAACUCGGUGCUCCUUCGCUUUUAUCCUUAGUUUAUUCAGAAUUGAAAUUCAAAAAGUAAUCAGUAAAUAGGGCAAAAUUUAGAGCUGUUGCAGCUGGUUUUCGAGAAAAUGUAUGCCCAAUUAUGCGUAUCAACUUUAUUAUUGAUCCUUUAUGCUUGCGCAUUGGAGGCAAAAUUAAAAGAAGGAGACUGUGAAGUGUGUAUCCAGUUUUUGACGAAGUUUGAACAAUCGCUGACCGAUGAAGAUAGAAAAACACCUGAAUCCCUAGAAAAGAAACUGAGGGCGACAUGUAAAACAGCUAAGAACAAGGACGAGAGAUUUUGUUAUUACAUCGGAGCAGCUGAAACUUCAGCAACUGGAAUAAUUCAGCAGGUAGUCAAGCCAGUCAAAAUGUUCAUGCCAGCAGCAAAGAUAUGUGAAAACAAAUUGAAGCCUUUGGAUUCACAAAUCUGUGCCUUGCAAUAUGAAAAACAGAUUGACCUUGAUAGUGUUGAUUUGAACAAACUGCGAGUUAAGGAACUGAAGAAAAUUCUAGAAACUUGGGACGAAACUUGCAAAGGAUGCACAGAGAAGACAGAUUACAUCAAACUCAUCAACGAACUGAAGCCAAAGUAUCAGAAGCCAAAACAGGAACUAUAGACCGUACAAAUGAAAAAUGUUCAUUUCAUUUUUUGGGACAUACUGGAGGAAAUGAGAAUGCUCAGAGAUUGGAACUUGAAAGGAUAAAAAAUGACCUUGUUUUUGUUUAACUCCAUAUCAUCCAUUAAUACUUCCACUUAAAUUUGUCAUUUUCUUGACCUGUUUGAAUUAUUUGGUUUUGAAUUCGAAUUAUUACGAGUGUAAAUUUAAGUUUGUUCGAAAUUUGGGAACAAAAAAUUUUUUGAUUGAAAAAGGAAAUAUUUAUGAUGACAAUUUCAAAUUAACAUUAAUCAGUUAAACUGAAUGAAUUGAAAAGUGCUUAAUAAUUUAA